CAGACCUAGGUCCGGGUGGAUCGAACUGGCUCUAAUCUAUCACUGCUAAGCACUACCAGGCUCGAGAGACGGCCGGCCUUAGUACACGAAAGCUGGAUAGACAUGGGUCUCGGCUGUGGGCGGGGGACAAGUUCGAAUUUGGACGUUGAAUCCAGGUUCCCAAGAACGACCUUAAGGAUACUAUCGUCAACGAUCUCCGAAUCCCUGACGAGGGCCAUUCAGGAGAGGAUGGAGAGGAGUCGUCGUCGAUGAAAUUCCCCUGCACUAGGUAUCGUGACGUUGUGCUGGUAACCCAUGCGUGGGAGAACGAAGAUGCGUAUCUUCGUGAGCAGCUAGACUUCUCCUAUACCGAAGUAGGUACAAUCGCUGGUAUCCUGGACACCCAAAUCUUGGAGCGAUUUGGUCCAAGGCUUGGACUCCUGACCUUGCUGGGCAAGUAUGAAAUCACAUCACUGCAUCGCCACAAUGGUGGCAACGACAGCGUAUAUAUACUUGCGGUACUCGUCGCUCGAGGCAUUAGCUGUCAUCUCGCGAGAACUGGACAGUCCACAGGCGAGCAUCAUGGUGGUGCAGAAGAAGGCUUGCUCUUGUUGAAGGGAAAAUUCGCAGCUAUGAUCGGUCGUUGCGACCACUGCCAACGCCACGGUCAUCGCAUCUCGCAGUGCGCGAAAUGGCUCCUCACAGAAUAUGGAAAAGCGGUCACGAUGAAGCAGAAGAUGGGCGAUAAGGUGUUCCUUAUCAAAGCCGAAGAUGUUGCGUUGCUUAGAGGACGGCUGGGCAGAAAAACCCCUACGAAUCACCCCAAACAGGCUCCAAACCGCUUACUGGCUGAUCCGGAGGAUGAAUUGCAAUUCCCCAGCUUGAGGGCUUCAAGCGACACUAACACUUCGUCGCGAUCUCUGGAGUCGAACUCUUAAACAGAGAAGGCUGACAAACAAGCACGGGACCGAGUGUUCACGGGUGGUCUGCUAGGGCCACAAAACCUGGCGAGCAAGUCUGUGAGGAGCCUGGCGUUUCUGAGAAGGGGUCUGGGGCAGGAAAGGACGUAA